GGACGUCCAUUGAAUACUAGAAGAAGAAAGGGAACGCCAAAGUAGCGAGGAUUCACCAGGCGGUGGCAACUGCAAAUUUUUUCACAACUCUCGUCGGGGAGCUUCUGCAAUGGCUCAUAACGCCUUUUCAAGGCUGGUCAACCUCCAUCGUCAUUUCAACAUCACAAAAUCAGGCACCAAGGGUGGAAAUGAGAAUGCGGCUCCGGGGACAAUUAAGAUCUCUCAUGAUGUUUCUACGGCUUUAUCAAAUGGGAAAGCGGUUGUUGCUCUGGAGUCCACUAUAAUAUCUCAUGGCAUGCCCUAUCCUCAGAAUUUGGAGACUGCAAAAGAGCUGGAGGCCAUUCUGAAGGAAAAUGGAGCUGUUCCUGCUACUAUUGCUAUUUUAGAUGGCAUUCCAUGCAUAGGUCUCAGUGCUGAAGAACUGGAGAUGUUAGCUAAGCUAGGACCCAAGGCUCGAAAGAUAUCUCGAAGGGACAUUGCUUAUGUUGUGACUACAAGAAGUAGCGGUGGAACUACCGUGUCUGCAACCAUGAUCUUUGCUUCAAUGGUUGGCAUAUCUGUAUUUGUGACCGGGGGUAUUGGAGGAGUCCACAGACAUGGAGAAACCACUCUGGAUAUAUCAUCUGAUCUUACUGAGCUUGGAAAGACUCCUAUAGCUGUAGUAUCUGCUGGUGUGAAGUCCAUAUUAGAUAUUCCCAAAACCCUAGAAUAUAUGGAAACUCAAGGAGUUUGUGUUGUUUCUUACAAGACUGAUGACUUUCCUGCUUUUUUUACUGAAAAAAGUGGCUGCAAGGCACCAUGCCAACUAGAUUCACCGGAAGAGUGUGCUCGACUAAUUGAGGUCAACAGGAAACUCGAUCUUAAAUCGGGCAUACUGAUAGCAGUUCCUAUACCCAAAGAACAUUCUGUUUCGGGUAACGUUAUAGAGUCUGCUAUACAAACAGCACUCAGAGAAGCUGGUGAUAAGGGCAUUACGGGCAGUGCUGAAACUCCUUACUUGCUUUCUAGAGUGAACGACCUGACCGGAGGAGCUUCUCUCGAGUCAAACAUUGCUCUUGUGAAGAACAAUGCCGUUCUUGCUGCUCAGAUUGCUGUUUCACUUGCUAAGAUCGAAGAUCAUGGCCAUCGUAAAGGAUCGGGAUCAGGAGCAGGAGCAGCCGACUCCUGAUGUUAUGUUUCUUUGGCUGGAUAAUUUUAUUUUCCUCUACAGGUGUGUCUGAAACAGUAAGAUGUCACGUAUGCAAUGCUGCUUAAUAAUUUAAAGGGAACUUUGUAAUUUUAUAGAAAAUAAUUGAUAUAUUAAGAUGGGUAUGGUUUCUUCCAAUUAUGUAUUAAUAACAUUCCUCUUUUAAUUUCCCA